AUGAGGCACGUAGACGAGGAUUGUCCAGGAGUGUUCUUUAUAGAUGGUCCGGGUGGAACCGGGAAGACUUUUUUGUACAAAGCUUUGCUUGCCAACAUCCGUUCACGUGGUCUUAUUGCUCUCGCAACBRCUUCGUCGGGUGUUGCUGCCAAUAAUAUGCCUGGAGGGAGAACAGCUCACUCUAUAUUCAAAAUUCCUCUGAACCUUGAUAAUAACUCGAUGUGCAACAUAAGAAAACAGAGUGGGGCUGCUAAAUUGAUUCGAGAUGCAAAAAUAAUCAUAUGGGACGAAGUGUCGAUGGCAAAGAGUCAGGCGGUGGAGGCGCUCGAUCGAACAAUGCGAGACAUCAUAGGGGUGGCACUCCCAUUCGACAGAAAGAUAAUGGUUUUGGGGGGUGAUUUUAGACAAGUAUUACCGGUCGUGAGGUGUGGAACCCGAGCACAGAUUGUAGAUUCUAGCUUGCGGAUGUCACCUCUUUGGGCAACGAUUAAAAAGAUACAGCUAACGCUCAAUAUGAGAGCACGUACUGAUCCAUGGUUUUCGGAAUUUUUACUAAGAGUCGGUGAUGGAGAUGAAUAA